UACAUCUUCUUCGGUCAGCACAAAGGAUGCGACUUUCGUACAAUCCGCCACAUAUGGUUCAUUUCUGAAACAGUUUACAGUUCUGUUUUCAACUCACGAGGUCGCCAGGAACUUUGAUUUCUCCUUUCGUAGUUCUCUACAGAAUUAGUGCAUAAAGCAUCCUCCUAAACUUCCAACAUCAAUUCCCGUCUCUUUCAGUGUAUAAUCUCAAGGAUAGCUUUGGUCCGAAAGACCCACAAAUCCCACGCUUUGAGGAAGGAGUACAAAACCGUCGCCCGAUUUCCAAUGGCAGGCAGAGAACCAGAGAUAAUAACAGAAAAGAAUCAGAUGAGGAAAUGGUCAAGGGCCAUGAGAGCCAAAGGCGAGACCAUAGGCUUGGUACCCACCAUGGGUUACCUUCAUGAGGGCCACAUAUCACUGAUCAAAGAAGCGCACAAGCGCACCAGCCUGAUAGUCGUCUCGAUCUAUGUGAACCCAGGUCAGUUCUCUCCCACCGAGGACCUUUCCACCUACCCAUCUGACUUUCAUAGUGAUAUCCGGAAACUCAUGGCUGUCCCUGGUGGCGUUGAUGUGGUCUUCCAUCCCCACAAUCUAUAUGAUUAUGGAAAAAGUAAAACCACUGGAUUAAAGAACGGAGGUAGUAGCAGUAAUUGUGAGAACUCAAGUGGUGGUGUUGAUGGUGAGGUAGAGAAAAAAGGGGUGAUGUCCUGUGUGGAGGAGAGAGGGUUGGGGCAUGAAACAUGGGUAAGAGUUGAGAGGUUGGAAAAGGGUAUGUGUGGGAAGAGUAGGCCAGUGUUCUUUAGAGGGGUUGCUACUGUUGUCACGAAGUUGUUUAAUAUAGUGGAGCCUGAUGUCGCUGUAUUCGGGAAGAAGGAUUAUCAGCAAUGGCGAAUUAUUCAGCGGAUGGUUCGAGAUCUUGAUUUUUCCAUAGAAGUGAUAGGUUCUGAUGUCAUGCGUGAUAAUGAUGGCCUCGCAAUGAGUUCACGCAAUGUGCAUCUAUCACCUGAAGAGAGGGAAAAGGCAUUAUCUAUAAACGGGUCAUUGUUGAGAGCUAAGUUUUCUGCAGAAAAGGGUCAAGUAAAUUGUAGAGAAUUAAGAAACUUGGUGACCCAAGCAGUAGAUAAAGCUGGUGGAAGAAUUGAUUAUGCUGAGAUUGUAGACCAGGAGUCUUUGGAGGCGGUGGAAGAGAUCAGGAGCCCCGUUGUAUUCUGCAUUGCUGCCUGGUUUGGGAAGGUCAGGUUGAUAGACAACAUGGAAAUAAAUAUAUGAAAGCAAUUGGUUUAAUCCGCAUACGUUGACAACUUGUCACAAAUUUCCUCUCCCAAUUUUAAGACAAUUGGGCAGUUCCGCAAUUUUGUUGGACAGAUUCUGUCAUGGUAGAUGUAUCGUACGUACAAAAUUUAAUUUAUAUGAUACCCGUGAAAGGAAAGACUAUAGUUAGAAUCCAAUUUUGUAAGGUGCAAGACAGAUUACUGAUAUCUUCAACUUGUUUGAGAAAAAGAAAAACAAGAAAAAAUUGUUCGAGGAUGGAAAGAGGGAUUACCAAUAGUCUUAUAGCCUGAUUGUAUUCCUCUUUGUAAAGGAGGAGAUAAGAUUCUACUCAUCGUAAAUUUGAGAGAGAUUAUUGGUGAUUUGAUACCA